AUGACUUCCAAUCCAAGACCGGAUGAUCCAUUGGCAAUCUUCACCAAGCUAUCACCCUCGGUCUACAUAUCUGAGCCCGAUGCCAAUUCGCAGAAUGGCCCAAAUCCGUCCCAGACAAUCGUACUUUCAUUCUGGAUGAAUGCUCCUGCCAGAGCAUUAACCAAGUACGUGGUCGAGUACAAGCGCUUGGCCCCAUCUGCCCGAAUCAUUUUCAUUCUCAGCACCUCGAAUGAUUUUCUCUUCCAUUCCGCCACCCAAGCGCAGCAUGAGCGCCUCUCGCCCGCUAUCCAAGCCCUGCAGGCUUCGCUCCCUACCCCGAAGAGCCCAGUCUACCUGCACGUGUUCUCCAAUGGCGGCGUCUUCACCUCCACCAACCUGCUUUCAGCCUACCACAAGGCAACGGGAACUGACUUACGCCUGACGUCAAUCAUCUUCGACAGCGCGCCGGGGCUCGCCACCGUGCCUGCCGCAAUGAGGGCCUUCUCGUUUAUCCUGCCCAAAUUCUGGCUCCUCCGCAUCUGCGGCAAGGUGCUGCUCUGGGUGGUCCUGGUGCUGGGCCACUGGAACCGCAAAAUAACCGGCAAUCUGGAUGCUGUAAGUAUCGCCCGCCAGGCGGCGAACGACCCGUCCGUGGUGCGCGGAACUGGUGGCAAAGACACCCCGCCCCGGUGUUAUAUAUACUCCCAUGCAGACGAACUGGUCAACUGGAUGGAUAUCGAGGCGCAUGCGGCCGAAGCACAGUCCAGGGGCUGGGUGGUUCGGCGGGAGAAGUUCGAUGGCACGCCGCAUGUUUCUCACAUGAGGGCCGAUCCGCAACGGUAUUGGGGGAUUGUGAGUGAGCAUCUCAAACUAUUGGAUGGGGUAUAG